AUGAACAUUCAGCAAGGGAGGUGCUUGGAGACGGCCAUACGCAAGUGGAGGGGAGCAAACAUCGAGGGAGAGGGUGCGAGGGGUACCAACAGGGUUUGGGAAGGCAACAGCAACAGCGACGGCAGUAGUGAAACCGCCGGCAUCGACAACAGAAAUGACGACGACGGCGUCGUAGAUCGCGACAACAACAGCAACAACAACAAUAAGAACAAUAACAACAAUGACAACAAUAAGAACGGAAGGGAUGACAUGUCGAAAAGGACAACAACAUCGACGGCAGCAGCGGCGGAAGCUCAGAGCAAAAGAAGAACCGCGACGGCCUCGGGUUUCCUGGAAGAGGACGCGUCUUCGGGCAUGCUCGGCGGGGCGGAACACAACGUCCACCACCGAAUGGUUCAAGGAGAGGGGGCGCUCUCGGACGCUGAUCGAGCGCGGUUCGGCGACAUGCCACCAGACACGGCGACCGCUGUGCGCGCGACUUACCCUAGCCCUAACCCUGCCGCGGCGGCGGCGGUGGCUAGGACGAGGAGCAGCACCAGGGGGACGAUGGGCGUGCUGUACUGGCAGCUGUCCGAUACCUGGCAGGGGCCUAGCUGGAGCACGAUCGAGCACGACGGCGCUUGGAAGGUUUCCCACCACAUGGUGAGGCGUGCUUUUUCUAUCGUCUCGAUAGGGGGGACGGUGGUAAAGCGUCCCCGUACCGCCGAGGAAUCCGGCGACGGCGUUGGAGACGAUGUGGAGGUCUCUUGGUUCGAGUGUCACGUGACAUCCGAUCUCCAGAGAGGGAUUUCUGGCUCCUACACGGUGAGCGCGUACCUGUGGGACGACAAUUGCGACCCGGUAGCCUCGUGGGGGGGGACGGUCGGCCCGAUGUCGCCGGGAAGCACCACGAUCGUCUUCCAAGCUACCACUGAGGAGCUGAGGAGGGCCGCCGGAACCGACAGGAUGAUCGUGCACAUGGUGUUUGAGGAGACAGUGGAAGCGGGCGCAAGCAAUGACGCCCCUCCAAUGGCCGUCCAGAGGUUGGAGAGCGUGUACUACUUGCCUUCGGCGAAUGCGGUGGAAUCGGUGACGGUGGACGACCUGCCGGAGACCGGGCUCUCCUGGGAAUUGCUGCCGACAACAGGAGCGGAGGCGGCAGAGUUCCAUGAGGGCGAACGCACCGUGCGCGUGCGAGCCCGAGCUCACGCAGCACACGUCACGCUCAGGCUGGACCAGUCACAGCCGAAGCCGCAACAAUACGGGCAACGGCGAGGGCGCGCGGCGUCAGUCGCCACGGCCAUGGGCAAGGAGCAUCCUCCACGGCCACAGCCGCCGCAAGGAGGGCACCCGUGGCAGCAGGAAGCGCCGCCUUUGUCGUCGCCACAGCAGUUGCCGCGGUUCCACGCGAACGACGGAGGUUUUCACGUGUUCCCAUGUCGCGCCCACGAUCUACAGGUACGCUACCGCGGGAAUAACCAAGACCUCAAAGGCGGCUCGUCGGGGAUCAAGGCAGAAUCGCUGAGGGAGUUGCUGGCGGCAAUCGAGGCUGGAAAGAGAGACCAGCCGGGAAGCUCACAAAUGGGCCGGGUGUAGUGUGCGUGGACAAAGAGAGAAACAAACGCGAUAGUUUUACCAAAGCGUGGACAGGGAGUUGAUGAUGCGAGUGUGCGAUCUACUGUUGCCAUGGGUGCCAGUGUAAAGUAGAGCGUUCACUCUGGACCAGCUUGAUUUGUAGCAGGAGCACAGGCUGCCGUUCGCGUGCAUCGGAGGGAUGCGUUUAGUAGUAGGGAUAGGGUGAGGGUUUGGAUGACAUGAAAGGGCACGCGAUUCGGGCGUUGCCACCGUGCUGUUGGACCUUAGGCAGCAGGCGCCCCCGGCGAAGUGAGGUUGAACGCCACCCACUUACGAACUUUCCGGUAGCAUUUAAGAACUUGAAUCUCAAAAAACUCCUAAAUCUAAGAACUUGGCCAAAACAACAGGUGCUCAGUGCGAAAGCCUACAUAGAGUCGCCAUGCGGGGUAGCCCACGUAGACACAACAUGCAACGAGCCUUACCUCAAUAUAAGAAAACCUUCUUAAGUGGUGGCGCGUUCUGUGCUACUGCACUCAGCCCUUUUAACUCCCGCCACCUUACUGCACUCCGCGCCGCCGGCGGUUCUUCGUACGACAGCGUUGCAAACAAACAAUACAGUCCCGGCCCGCUCGCAAGAAACAUGUUCGUAAGAAACCGAGGCUCAAAUUUUUGACGGAGAAUGCCUAAAGAAAUUGAGCAUACAUAGCGGCCAGCGCUGCGUGAAUUACCCCCCCUGUAUUACAAGUCUAGAGGAGGGUGUUGUUUUGGUUGUGUGGGGGGUAUUUAAUUUGUUAUUUUUCGGUGUUGGCGACGGAACAUAGAUAGAAGAAGCCUUUGCUCAGUGGGACAAAAUAAGGUUUGGGCCAGGCUCAAUAAUAGGGGUUUCUAUGAGCGGGCCACCACACUGUAGGCACAUCCGAGAUAAUGGCGAGAAUAGUGUAUGCGGCGUGAGGCAACAAGUUUCCAACGGUGCUGAUGCAUGUCUAUGGUAUUGACGCCGGCGUUCGGAAAAACGAUGUUUCAGAUUCGAUAUUUUCGUUAUUGUAACAAUUGACGAAUAACUAGUACGCAGAGAUGUGUACUAAAAUCCUCAAUGAGAAUUGGCCACAACCCAACGUGUGCCGUUUUUUGGCGGCUGCUUCAGCAGCAUGAAAACAAAGCACACCGUAUCUCAAGUUGGGUGCAAUCCGAUCAUGAUGCUAACGUCCACUAUGUACGCAACCUUCUGCCCGAUUUCAAUGUGCAGAGGAGCGUGUUGUUGGCGCAUUCGGAGGUCAAGACGGAAUUGGUAGAAAAUGUGAUUCUGACUGCCUGAGCGGAGACGGAGGCCGCUAGGAAGAGGGCGUCGGAGAGCGUGGGGGCGUAUGCCCUCGUCACUGGCGGUGAUAACCGUGGUGGUGGGGGCGGGAACACGGGGGGACCGGGGA